AUGAUCACAACGACGUCUCCUGUCAAUUGGUCAAACGUCGUAGAAAUAACUGACACUUCCUUACAUUUACACGACAUCAGAUACAAAGCAUACAUCGCGGUUAUGUUUUUCAUCCUCACGGCUGGUUUCCUUGGCAACGUAGUGACAAUACUCGUCCUUUAUCAACCGUCACUGCGCAGUGAAACCUUGACCCCACUCAUGGUGAACCUUGCCUUUGCUGAUCUUUUCCUAACCAUAUUUGGGUACCCCACGUCCAUCACCAUGCUCCUUGCUGGAAGAGACAUCGGAAAUGAUGAAACAGGUUGUAGCUGGUACGGUUUCGCUAACGGAACUGUAGGAAUUGCAUCUAUUGUCACCUUCACCGAGAUGACUAUUGUUUUGAGUUAUAUCAUGCAUCAAAUGAAGCCCAGAUACAGGUGCUCACGAAAAGUGACCUGCGGUCUCACUGUAGCGCCUUGGUCUUAUGGUGCGAUGUGUAUGCUUCCCCCUCUUCUUGGUGUGACGCACUUUUCCCCAGGGGCUGCUGGCAUGAACUGCGGUCCUGAUUGGAUAAAUAUUUCAACCAUUGGCAUGGUCUACAGUUUGCUGCUGGUCACAGCUGGAUUUUUCGUUCCACUGAUCAUCAUCUCUCUUUGUUACUUCAAGAUCUUCAGGCUCCUCCGUGAAGAUCUCGUUCCAGGUAAUAGACCCAUAAGAUUGCGGCGGAGAAAACGGCAAAUUAAGUUACUGCGACUGACUGUAGUGGCCAUCACUGUGUUUAUACUGAGUUGGUCUCCGUACUGUAUGGUCAGCAUUAUGAGUAUCUUCAGGGGCGAUCAUUUGCUUUCACCCGGCGAAGCUGAAAUUCCUGAUCUUAUGGCAAAAGCGUCAGUGAUCUACAACCCCUUCGUGUACACAGUCAUGAAUAGACGUUUCCGUCUGACGCUGUGGGCGGUUGUAUCUCGUAAGAGUCAUAGACAGCGACUUUCUAGUAAAAGUAAGGAAUCAAGUACUUCUGUGCAUAAUCGUAUCACAGAUAGUAAGAGUUUGAAGGUGGCUUUUAACGUGUAGGCCUAUCAGAACUAUCCAUCCAUAAUUAUAUGUAGUCUCACAUAGAGUUGCUCUUCGAAUUCAUCCGGAUUCCACAAUUCUACACAAAAGAUAAAACUUUCAGUCUUUAUUGUUCUUUUUGUGUACAGAUUAAACACAAAGUACGUUGUCAUUCUUAAGUGUCAAUUAAAAGAUAGUUUCAUUAGUCCAUUUUAUAGUUGUGUGCUUAGUUGCCAAGCCUUUGGAUAGGAGUGAGGCUAAGGGUGACCUUGUUAUGAUACUGAUACAAAUGUAAAUUACUUCGUGAUACUGGUCUCUAUCCCAACAAGAUCACCUUCAGCCUAACUCCAAAUCAAAGGCUUGGCAACUAAGCACACAACUGUAAAAAUAGUCUAUUCAGCGUCACUUGUGAAAUAAUAUCCUAAUAAAGUCUGAAAAGUUGAAACGAAAUGAAUCAAGUGUAGGCAACUCAUUCUAUAUUGUAGAAAUGUUAGACUAAAUUUCUUAAAACCUCUUGUUACUAUCAAGUAUGUCAUCAAAUAACUUAUCAUAAUCCUGAGGUUCGUAAACAAUAGGUUUAUCAUCAUCAUUUUUAUCGUUGUCGUCAAACAGAAAUUUAUAAACUGCUGAUGCAGACGAUAUGUUGUCAAAGUUCUCACCACUGUUGUCAUCUGCGUAAAACUUUUUUUCAUGGUCAUC